AUGCCGGCCACCGAUGACUACAUCUACCUCUCGUCGAUGCAAGAACUAGCCGACUGGCGCCCUGAAUCCGCGUCCACACACAGCAGCAACAUCUCGAACACGCCGUUAUGCCCACGGGCCCCGGCCCCGGCCCCGGCCACCUCACCCCCGGACACCAAACUCAGCCGCGUACUCCUCUGCCACGACUACCGAGGCGGGCACCACCCUACGGAGCGUACACAGGGCGUAACAAACCCUGAAGGCAGCGAGGAUCCCUACACGGCAGAGUACCUUCACCUCGCCACGGACUUCGCAUACUUCGCGCACUAUCGGGUAGUGGUGCCUCCCGCGCCCUGGACGAACGUGUGUCACCGGCACGGCGUGCGCUCGCUGGGGACGCUGCUAUUCGAGCACGACGAGGCGUCAGCGGACGCUGGGCGCCUGUUCGAGAAGGGCUCCGAGGGCGAGUUUUUCUUCGCCACGCAGUUGGUGCGUAUGGCCGAAACCUACGGUUUCGAUGGGUGGCUCGUUAAUGUCGAGGCGGAGCUGCCGCGUGAGAAGUGGCGGGUGGGGGUGAUGCAGGCGUUUUUGGGGGAGCUGAGGGCGGGAAUAAAGGUCAAGGGCGGGACCGUAGUCUGGUAUGAUGCUCUCACGGUGCUGAAUAGUGUUCACUACCAGAAUGGACUCACGCUCUUGAAUGCACCCUGGCUCCAUGUGACCGAUGCGCUGUUCUCGAAUUAUUGGUGGAGGACGAGGGAGCUGAUCGCCACGAAGCGGGUGGCAGAGGCCAUGGGCAGGACGAAGGAUGUGUUCAUGGGAAUCGAUUGUUACGGCCGCGGCAGUAUGGGCGGCGGCGGGUUUGGAGUCGGUGAGCCGCUGAAGGAAGUGAGGAAUGCGGGGCUGCAGGCGACGGCGCUGUUUGCGCCGGGCUGGACGUGGGAGCACUUUCAGGGCCUGGGGUUCAGAGGCGUGGAGAGGAAGUUUUGGGGCGUGGUCGGGGAACAUGUUGUGGCACACCCGGCGGGCUCGAGAGAUGGAUUCUAUACUUGCUUCAAUCGCGGGUUUGGAGAUAGGCUGUUUAUGAAGGGAAAGCUGAUCUCAGAAACAAAAUGGAUCCACCUGGGGGCGCAAUCGCUGCUCCCACACUUCCCCUCCACAACAGAGAUAUCUCACAGUCUCGACAGCACCAAAGCGUGGACCGGCAGCUGGUCCUUAAAACUCGCUCUAACCUCGGCCAGCAGUCCAUCCACAUCUCCCACCUUCGCGCCGCUCUUCCGGCUCUCCGUAGCGCUAGACCAGAACCUCCUCAUGACGUACAAGUUCCAAAGGGCGGCCACGUCGUCCACCGCAGGUGUAUACUGGGACAUACGGCACCCUUCCACCGGCGCAACCUCGCGGCGCACGUCUCCAUUGGAGGCGCACUACCCGGGGCGGGUAUGGGGCAGCGGAAUGCCAAAUCUCGCCGAGGACGGCGAUGCAGACGGCAGCACAGUCGUGGAAAUGGGCGUGUUCUUUUCCGGCGGUGCGCUGGCGGGCGAGGAGCUGUGGCUGGGCGAGGUGCUCAUGUCGACGCUGGAGAAGGACGGGCUACCGGACUCGACUAUCAGCAGCGUCGUGGUACGGCCCGCCGCUGAGGCUGGGAAGAUGAAGCUCAGCUGGAGCGUGUAUCCCGGCGGUAGGAGGAGGGGAAAGGGCAUGUGGAGCGAGCAGACGAAGGAGUUUGCGUACUUCCUGGUCUGGAAGGGGGAGCAGUUACGAGGUGCGGCGUAUGCGUGCGAGUUUGUGGCUGGUGCUGCGGAGGCAGAGGGGGGGGAGGAGUGGAGAGUCAGCGGUGUUACGUGGGACGGGAGGAAGGUCAUUCAAGGUUCCGCCCCAUCUGCGGUGGAAUCGUCAGCGUAA